AUGACCGGAAAGCAUCUUGCCUGCAAGAACGGGUCACAGGUGCUUUGUAUUUUUGGAGGCCAGCUCAAAAUCACCUCCUUCAUCGUCCCCGCUCUCCUCCACGUCAACAAGGAAUUUCGCCUCGCAACUCUCAAGUCCUAUCAACUCGCCUUUAGCAGCCCUCGCAAGAAGAACCCCAUUUACUUCAAUUUUUCGAAGGAGAGGCUAGCAGUUGAAGGCCUCGAGACGCUGCUCAAGAUCAAAGACUGCUCGAGUGCCUCGGCUUGGAAGAAGGUCGAGAACCAGUUACGCUUUCUUAUCAUCCGCCGAGGAUUGUACCACGAGGGAUCCAAGAGCCUUCUACCUAUUAUUGCUUCAUUUAAUAAGCUAGAGAGUUUUGUGCACCAGGAUCUGAAUGCCUAUCCGAUUCAAUGUUUCAAUAGCCGGCAGGCUAAUAGGAGAUUGAGGAUGACUCUGGAGAAUAACUGGAGCAAGAGUCAUGAGUAUGAGGAGUUGGUCGCUUCGUCUGAGAGAGAGGCUAGUUUGGUUCAGGAGCCGCUGGAGAAGAAGGUUUAUGUCUUGCCAAAGGUUGAGGUCUCGAGCCUCGAGGAUAUGACGCGCAUGUUCAAGCGAAACAUAGAAUUGAUGUAG